UGCUGCGUUUGUCGUCCUCAAGCGGGCCGCACAUCGCAUCGUCUCGUCGUCGCUGUCGGUUUGCACACUCGCUCGCGCGCUCCUCGCUGUUCACUUUUUUUUGCCAUUGCCCAUUUUCUGUCCAGCACCAGGAACACAAAACAAAUCAAGGAACGAUAUACCGUGAAUUUGGGAGAAAAAAAUAAAAACACAUAAAACAAAUAUUCUCAGCACCCUGCAUCCCGACGCGGUGGGUGUGUUCGUGUGUGUAUGUGCGCUAAUGGACACUGAAGAUCAUCCUGCUGACCCACUGCUGGAAGGAGGAAGACGUCGUCCGGCUUGGGCUUCUCGGUUAGUUCUAGGAGGUACCCCAGCCAAGGGUGUGUGUGUGUGUAUGUGUUUGUGCGGGUCGGAAACUAUAAUUAUCGGCAGUGACUAUAAUUCCUCGGACCUCGACGACUGACCAACGAGUGGAACUUGUGCUUCGUUGUGCCGUCCGUGUCGUGGAACAGCAGCAGCCGAACGAUACGAAAGGGCAGUCGAUAAAGCGCGUAAAGGUGGAGAAGAAUCAGAAACUGGAUCAGUGGUGCGAAAUUCCAUUCUACCCGCUGUGCGCCAGUGUACCCGCGUAUGUGUGUUUGUGCGUAUGUGUGCCCGUAUGUGAUCGAGUUCUUUGGGGCGGAAGUGAUUGUACAUAAUUGGCGGCGAAGGAAAUAUAACAAAACAACAAAAAAAAAACACACACAGAGUGACAUAGAUUGAGCAGAACCAGGAGUUAUCGUGUGAUUGUCUACAAGCGAGGAUCAAUCGAUCGGUACAACGCAGAUGCGAAACCGUGUAUCGGAAGGUCGCAAUGGAGGAGAAAAAAUAGUUGAAUAGCAGCAAUUGUGGAACAGGUGAAUUUCGCCCUCGUGUUCAAAAAGUGAUUGCAGUGAGCGGAUAAGCGAGGAACCCUUCUUCCAGAAGCAUGAAAUCUGUGAUUUUUAUUCACGUGUAGAAGCAACACAGAAUUGUACUGAAAAGUCCAAUGUUGUUCCUGACCAAGUGCUCAAAACAAAAACUCAAAUUGUGUAACAGUCAAAGAAAAACACUAAAGUGACAUCAGUGGAAGCAAGCGACGAACCUCUUCUUCUCGGUCAAAGUCAAGCACCGAAGCAGCUCAAGCAUCUCUCCCAGAACAUAAACCGCAUCGUCCGUCCCGCGCGUUAUGUUAGCAUCUCUCCCCCGUCAAGCAAUGAGAGCCGUAGAGAGUAAGUAGAAAAAAAAAACAAGAACAACAACGAACUCCUCGUAACAAAAGUGCAAGUGACCAUCUGGCAGCCUCCGUCUUGCCGGCUUUGCUCUUCAACUGCUCCGAUGUGCCAUCAUUAGGCUAAUUAGGCAACCUGGUUCGAAGGCAGCGACAGCAGUAAGACAGAUCCAUCCAGAUAAGCCCCCUUCAUUAAAACCGCAUCAUCACGCAUCGCAACGCGUCGCCAUCGCAAGUGAUCUGAUAACACACAUACUCCAGCGCACAGGAUCCUUCCUCCGCCCGCAUCCAAGUCCGUGGCUCGCGAGAGGACAGUUUCGCGCGGGAAACAGUGUUAUGUGCUCUAGUGGAAAAACAGAAAAGCAGCAAGAAAAAACCAAGUUAGCGCGCCAUUAAAGAUAAUGACAAAUGAUUACCGACUUCAUCUCCCGAGUAGCGCUCUGUGUGUCGCAGGUGCGUGUUAGCAGCAGCGCGGAUGUGUGUUGAAAGUGAGCAAUAGUUCGCGCGGGAAGAAAGUGAAACUGUAGCACUUGGCGGAAGGUCCACCCGACUCGACUCGGUCUGGCUAGAAGGAAGUAAAGUGUGUGAAACUGAGGGGAAAAUAAUCAAGUGUCCCACGGUCGGCACCCGUCGGCACCAAAAAUUGUGAUGGUGAAGUCAUUCACGAUUAAUUGAAGCGCCUUUUUUUUUUUGGUUCGGAUAAAAUUAUUAAGAAAUAUUGGACGAACUUACGCCGGCUUAUGCUAAUUAACCGUUCUCCUGUCAGAGGAGAGAAAAGAGACAGCGUGGGGGAAAAAAAUUGCGCACUGUUUCUCGGAUUUCUUGGCGCAACCCAGAGUGAAGAUUCGCGCGUGUGAUUUUGUUGUUGUUGCUCGGCGCGUCCUUUGCUGACAAAAAAAGAAGACUGAAGAAGCGGAUAAAAAAAGUGCCGCUCGACCUCGAAGGGAAACCAGACCACAGACGCAGUGAAGUGGAUUCGUUGACUUUUUGAGGUCCUGAAGUGAUCGUUACGUAGUUGUUCCUGACCUUUGCGAUAGCGGUGUGAUCUUUUCGUGCCGAAUUCCUUGCGGAUCAGACGCACACACACUCACCCGUAAGUGAGAAGAAGACAGUCAACAGUGUCCAGCAGAAAGAAGCAACAAAAUAAGAUCAUCAUACUCGUUCGGCAAUCAGCUCACGUCUGAAAAAUGAUGAAAAUAUGCGCAAAAAGUCAGCCACUUUAGAGUCUCAACUCGGACUGACCUUUCCCGCGUGGAUCUUCGACGCGUCCGGAAUGGAUAUAUGUUUGUGUUAUAAAUAAUUUCAAGUGCUCCAGCCUCUCGCCAAAAGAGCGCUGCUAUCUUCCCGCGUGCAAUUUUUCCUUAGCCGAUUUCUUCCACCCUCCCAGCCUCCCCGCGAGACAGUGACUUUUAACGAGUGAAGAUCAGCGGAACAUUUAUUAAAUGACACUUUGUGAAUGCUGCGACGGCCUCCAUGUUUUAAUUCGUGUUAUUUUUUAAGGCUGCCGUUUUUGGUAGCAUCCUUUAAGAGCACGAACCGAGAGUGACAUUAAUAUUAAGCCGCCAAACGAAGACGAGUGCAUGUGCUUUUUUUUUGUUUGCUCCACCGCUCCAGGAUAAUGUUAAUCCCAAAACCCAAAACGGAUGGUCUGAAGAUUUCUGCCAUUUGGCUUACGGCGAUAAGCAAUAAGCGCGCGUGAGCCCAAAAAGCGAUACAACGCUGAGAAAAUGAGCAAAAGCUCCUCAUCCGGUGAAUUUUUGUUGGCUGCGAAGCAGUGAAGACGACUCGUAACAGUGUGAGCGUUUUGUCGCAACAAAAAAACGGACAAAAUCAAUUUCCAGAAAAUCACACUUCCCAGUGAAUCGUCCCCACGCGUGCGGAACUCAGACUCCUCUCCCGACAGAAUUCGGAACGACUCCAAAGAAGAGGAGAACGAAAGAAACUAACUUUUUUGAUCGUUUGUGCAAAUCUGGAAGGAACAUCGCUUUGAAGAUAUCAUCAUCGUCAUCGCCACGCUGAGGCUCCCCUUGCCGAACAACACCACCUUAAUAAAACGGCUACCGCCCGCCCGCCAUUGUGAAACCUUGAAAAAUCAAUCAACUCCUCGGCAGCGAAACUCUGCGUUUUGGUUGGUCAAGCAACCGCCUAGCGCGUACACAGCGAAAAAAAAACAUUUAAAAAAAUAGGGAAUCAACUCUAAUCACUGAAGGCCACGCUCGAAACAAAACAGCAGCGCCGAGCGACGAGAAGAGCUGUUGUCGUUUCUGCUGAUGCUCUCGAAGCUACAGAUUUCCCUCGUCAUCCUCCUCCACCAUCCUUCCACCAUCAACGCAAACACCGCAACCGCAGCAACCGCUGGACCGAAUCAAAAACUCGGAAAAGAAUUGCUCCGGAAUCGAGUAAUGCAUGCUGAGGCCGCGAGCUGAGAAGAUGCGAGAGAAAGAUCAUUCACCAAGAAAAAUGCUCCCGAGUCCUAAGCAAGGUGCGGUCUACCCGCUUCUUGGUAUGGGGUCAACCAUUUCGGCCCAGCUUCCGUUCGAUUUUUCCACCAGCAAUCGAUCGUCGUCCUCGAAUCUCCUCCACCAGCAGCAGAACCUGCUCGAUCAGCCGCUUGACCUCCGGGUAGAUCACAAAAAAUCGACCAACAGCAGCAGUUCAACCUCCGACGAAGAAGAUCCUCCCAGAAAUCUUCCCGAAGACAGUAAACCAACCAGCGUGACACCUUACCAAGACAACAACAAUAACAAUAACCUGAGCAAUAACAACACGACGCAUAGCAGUAAUAAGAGUCCCAGCCCGAUCAGCAAUAACAACAACAACAGCGUUAAGUACACUAACAACAACCACAUCAACGUGAAAGAUGAGUUCCGAAUAUCUAACCUGGCGAACCACAGUCCGCCGAUCUUCCCUCCCCCGGGGAUCAACCCUCUGAUGCUGGAAGCCAUCGCGAAAGCGGGUCUUCCGCUCCCUGGCUACCGGAACUCAUUCCUACCCGCCCGCUCACCCGUCUCGUACGACCUCCAGCGGUUAAAGGAGCGGGACGCGAUCGCGGCAAGUCUAUCACAGUUACGUCAGAGCACGAACGGCAACGGGAUACCUAGCAACAACAACAACAACAACAACAAUAACAAUUCCAACAGCAUCAACCACAAUCUACCGCCAGGUGCCACCAAGAACAAAGAUCGAUACUCGUGCAAGUUUUGUGGCAAAGUGUUCCCUCGAUCUGCGAACCUAACGCGCCACCUCCGGACGCACACCGGCGAGCAGCCGUACAAGUGCAAGUACUGCGAACGUUCCUUCAGCAUAUCCAGCAAUCUCCAGCGUCACGUUCGGAACAUCCACAACAAGGAGCGUCCCUUCAAGUGUGCCCUCUGUGAGCGUUGCUUCGGUCAACAGACCAAUCUCGAUCGUCACCUCAAGAAGCACGAGGCAGACGCGGCCGGACUGGGUCUGGGUUUGGAUGAACGUCUACGAGCGGCCCGACGGAACUCCCGAGGGAUUCCCGAAGAUUCGUACUUCGAAGAGAUCCGUUCCUUCAUGGGCAAGGUAACUCAGCUUCCUAUUCCGCUGAGGUUGCAGCCCCAUCACCACCAACCGCAACAGUCACAACUCCAACACCAUCAGGCGUCGCUAGCACAAGUCCAGGCCCAUCAGCAGCAACAGCAUCACGCCCAGCCGGACCAGAACUCGUCGCGUAGCUCGACACCUUCCGAACCGGCUUCGCCAGCGGGCAGUUCUCACAGUGCCCAUCUCGAGAUCAAGAUGGAAGCGAACGACGACGACGAUGAAGAUAGUGAGCAGGUACAGGUUACUUGACCAGAACCCAGCGCGUCUGAAACCCGGCGGUGAUUAGGACCACCGAACUGUUGGUCGAGGGUUCUCGAGGUACGAACACGUCCCAAGAACUCCCCUCAAGACCCAACGAACAAGUUACGAUGUACAAUUCAACGAAAUUCCUGUUAGCACUCAGUAAGAUUAUCUACUUUUUCCGCGUUCAAUUCACAGAAAGACCUCGAGACCUUGGUCGAGUAGUCGAAUGUAGAUUACCAAUAGUUCGUCGUAAGCACACUGUAGUCGUAGAACAAUCCACUUUUUUUUUGUGUAACAUAAACAUUAGCUCGAUCUAGCGAAGUAAGAAUCUAGCGUGUAGAGUUUCAAUCGUUAAGAGCACUCAUUUCCUCACAAUCCGUACGUCUUCCCCAUGCGGAGAAGAGAGGAAAUACACAAAAAAUACUCGUUUUGCCAUAUGUUCUUUGUUUGUAAUUAUAAUCUUAAAAUGAACUCCGAGAAAAACUAUCGAAAGCAAAUUGUCCCACUUUUAGCCCGCGGGAGCAAAAGCGUGACACGAAACAAGCGUAAUUAAAAAAAAAGUUCAACCAAAGCCAAAUAAGCGAUAUUCGUACUAAAAUUAAAUCAAUUGUGUGUGUAUCAUGAACAGAGCAAAGUUAUAUGUGAACAAAAAAUCUAUCAUGUUUUGUAAAGGUUUGAUUUGUUUCAAAAACGAUGAAGAACGUUAAAAGUGUUUGUUGAAGUUUAUCAUUGGUUAGUUAAUUAGGUUCGAUUUAUUUUUUUUGUCAUUUGUUAAUCCACUUUUACUUAGUUUAAUGCAUCCGAUUGUUACUCAAAUAGACUUUAGUUGAAAAAGAGCAUGCGAAAUAAUAUAUACAUGGCUAUACAAAUAAAAAAAAAUGCGGAGGAAAGCCCAUUUCCUCGAAUGUGAUCAGAACGAAAGUAUUCUCUUAUUCCGAGCUAGUGAAAAUCUGAAGUGAUAUCAGAAUUUUUUUUUGUUUUUAGAAGCAGUGGUUCAGCACAGUUACGAUUUGCAAAUCAUCACAUAUAGUGUUCCUUAUAGAAAAAAAAAGAAGUGUUUUCAUAUACGAGCACCGGCUACAAGCGAGAAGAAAAGUUACCAUUAAACGCUAAACGUAGAAAGAAAGAAAGAAAAAAAACCUAUUUUACAAACAUAGAUGAAAGCAUGCAGAAUGAAAUCAAUCACCAUUAUUUUUUCAGCAAAUGUUAGUUCGUUCACGAAGGAAAAAAAAACAACAAAAAACAAAAUAAUAAAAUGUAUAACAAAAAAUCAUUUUAGCACGUUCUCUUUUAAACUCUAACACCUAAUUUUAUCGUGUCCCGGAUACGUUUUCACCCUAAUUGACCCCCUACGAAUAUAGUUAGUAGUGUAUCUUUCUCACACCUUUCGUCCCUCCCGAAUUGUUUUAUUGUUUAGUUAAAUAAAAGCUACAAAAAAUCCUUAGUCCUUAGCAGCGAUGCAGCGAUAGUAUUACAAAUUGCUCGAUCAUCACACGCGCUCGAUCGUCGACUUGAGAGAUGCGAAGCGACGAAU